ACCGGUCAUUCCGGAGACGGCGGCCGCCAAAUGUCGGCUACUCCGUCACGUCCGUCUUCAUUCAGAAGUUCAAGCUCUGUGUGCCGCUUCAAAACCCUAAAUCCUUCAUUUCUCCUCGUGAAACUGAACCCUUUACACAUUCGAUCCUCGAAGGGGAAAAGCCAGAUCACGUGUGAGCUUAAAAGCUUUGCGGAAAACUCGCUCAAGUAUAGCAUCGAUUCCGUCUCUGGAAUGGAUCAUCUCCAUAUCGUUCAAAAUUCUUCUGCUGUUCCAAUGGCCGCAAGUGCAGGUAUAGAUUCGCCUCCGAAGAGUUCGAAGAAGGUCUGUCUUUUCUACUGCGCCGAAAUGAAGGAACUCGCUGAGAAAGUUGCUGCUGAAUCCGAUGCAAUUGAUCUUCGAAGUAUCACAUGGAGGACAUUUGCAGAUGGAUUCCCCAACUUAUUCAUUUCUAAUGCUCAUGGCAUACGUGGCCAACAUGUAGCGUUUUUAGCAUCAUUUAGUUCUCCAGGAGUAAUUUUUGAGCAACUAUCAGUAAUAUAUGCAUUGCCAAAGUUGUUUGUCUCAUCGUUUACUCUAGUGCUUCCCUAUUUUCCCACGGGAACUUUUGAGCGUAUGGAAGAAGAAGGAGAUGUUGCAACAGCAUUCACUCUUGCUAGGAUCUUGUCACAUAUACCAAUUUCAAGGGGCGGGCCCACUAGCUUAGCGGUUUUUGAUAUCCAUGCCCUGCAGGAAAGGUUCUACUUUGGUGACAACAUCUUACCAUGCUUUGAGAGUGGUGUGCCUUUGCUUAAGAACAGGCUUCAACAGCUUCCUGAUUCCGAUAAUAUAUCCAUUGCUUUUCCUGAUGAUGGUGCAUGGAAGCGAUUCCAUAAGCAGCUGCAGCAUUUCCCUACGAUUGUAUGCACCAAAGUUCGAGAAGGCAACCAACGAAUUGUGCGCCUCAAAGAAGGAGACCCUAGAGGCCGUCAUGUUGUAAUCGUUGAUGAUCUAGUACAAUCAGGUGGCACUCUGAUUGAAUGCCAGAAAAUGCUGGCUGCACAUGGAGCAUCCAAAGUCAGUGCCUAUGUGACACAUGGGAUUUUUCCUCAGAAGUCCUGGGAACGGUUUCAACAUGAUAUUGGAGGUUCCCCUGAGAAUGGAAUGUCCUAUUUCUGGAUCACGGACUCCUGCCCACUUACAGUGAAGGAGGUAGAGAACAGACCCCCAUUUGAAGUCCUUAGCAUUGCUGGCUCCAUAGCAGCUACUCUUCAGAUAUGACAGCACUGGAGUACCUCACGAGGGGAGUCCUAAAUCUUGCAAAGCUGUUUGACUUAUGUUUCCCUGACUUGCAUUUCUUAGUAAGAAUCCAAAGAGAGUUUUGAGGCCAUGAAAUACAACUCUCAAGGCGGCAGAAAUCCAC